UGGCCCUCAGAGGUCAGCAUCUCAGCAUCCUGUCGGCCAUCUUGUAGUGGGAGGACAGAUUGAUGCGGUGACACGCGGAAUGUUUGGUGCUACCAGGAAGAAGUUCAUGGAGGGGGGGAUCGAGAGCGAGUACUCUUCGGACGACUCCAGCCUCUACUACAACCACACGUCCAUGUUCGCUCCUCACCGGGCCGACAAAGACAUGCUGUCGUCUUCCUCCUCAUCCAGUCAGCUGUCGCAGCUGGGAGCCAGUUUAUACGCCCCACAGAGUGCUCUGGGUUUCCCCAUCCGUGGGAUCAACAGCAGCGCGGCGCCGCAGCUCAGUCGAAGCUCGCUGACCCAACCCGCCGGCCAGCUCUCCAAUCACACCAGUACUCCCAACUCCGGACCGCUGCACACGCCCUCGUCGCCCAACAGGGCCUCCAUCAUGCCCUUAACCAGCAGCCGCAGCGUUCUGAACCACAACCAGCAGGUGGGCGGUCCCACGGGGCAGACGGGCGGAGGAGAGCGAGGCGGCGGCGGCACAGGGCGGAGCGCAACCAUGGGGAGUCCCAGCAGGUCGUCUCCCAGCAUCAUCGGCAUGCCCAAACAGCAGCAGGCGCGGUUCUCCUUCAACAGGAAUCCAGGGUUCAACAUGAGCAACUCCUUAACCAGCAACAUUUUCAACGGCACAGACGGCAGUGAGAAUGUGACGGGGUUGGAUCUGUCCGACUUCCCGGCGUUGGCAGACCGGAGCCGGAGAGACGGGAGUUCGAACCCGACCCCGCAGCUGAACCCGCUGGCCGGCCGGGCGCCCUACGGUAACACACAGACGAUACAGAACAUCCUUGGCAUGGUAACCAAGCCAUCCAGCGAACAGUCGCAGGACUUUUCGAUCCAUAAUGAAGAUUUCCCAGCUCUCCCCGGUCCAAACUACCAAACUAAAGAUCCCAGCAGCAACAGCGACGACAAAACGAACCUGAACUCGUCGGGAAAGGCGUCUUCGAGCGCCGACGGUCCCAAGUUCCCCGGCGAUAAAAGCUCGGCUCCGAGCAACAACAACCAGCAGAAGAAAGGCAUCCAGGUUCUUCCCGAUGGCCGAGUGACCAACAUUCCCAUCGGCAUGGUAACGGACCAGUUUGGAAUGAUCGGCUUGUUGACGUUCAUCCGGGCGGCAGAGACGGAUCCCGGCAUGGUUCACCUAGCGCUCGGCUCAGACCUCACCACACUGGGCCUGAACCUCAACUCACCUGAGAAUCUGUAUCCUAAGUUUGCGUCUCCAUGGGCGUCGGCGCCAUGUCGGCCGCAGGACAUCGACUUUCACGUCCCGUCAGAGUAUCUAACCAACAUCCACAUAAGGGACAAGCUAGCAGCCAUUAAGUUGUCUCGGUACGGUGAAGAUCUGCUGUUUUAUCUCUACUACAUGAACGGAGGAGACCUGCUCCAGCUGCUGGCUGCAGUAGAACUUUUUAACCGGGACUGGCGGUAUCAUAAAGAGGAGCGGGUUUGGAUAACGCGGGCCCCUGGGAUGGAGCCCACGUUAAAGACCAACGCCUACGAAAGAGGGACCUACUACUUCUUCGAUUGUCUCAACUGGAGGAAGGUUGCCAAGGAGUUUCAUCUUGAAUAUGACAAACUAGAAGAGCGACCUCAUGUUCCCUCCACUUUCAACUACAAUCCUGCCCAGCAGGCCUUCUGAUUGGCUCUUCCUCCUUCCUGACUGCCUGCCAUUGGCCCUCCUGGCUCAUCAGUCCCACCCCUGGAGGUUUUCCCGCCUCUGCCACUCACAUGAAUCUGGCCUGUAAGGACUCAGGACGGUGCCCACCUCUCUGACAGACUUCAUCAUUUUACCUUUUUCUCUUUUACGUUUGUCUUUUACCUCAUUUCUGUUUUUAUUUUAUUCCCGCUUCUUCUCCAUGACUUGUUUUGGCCUGGUGAGUGAAACAGACAGAGCUGGUAACAACUCAAACACUGACUGUUGUUUUCUAAAGAAGUUUUAACAGAGAAAACUGGGUUUACUCGCCCGUCAGGAUGGAGAAUUUUGUCACUCUGUGGUGCAGAAGAAGCUGAAAAUAUUUUUCGUUUUUACCAGAAUUACAGAUCAGGACACGCAUCACCACUCAGUGGGCAAUCAGGAGACAAAAUGCAAUGUACAUUGUAGCACUAUUUCAUAAUAAAAGAGAAAAUAUACAUAUUUUUUCUGUUUUCUUGAUGUUAUGUAGAGAACUCAGAAACGCCACUUGAACUGGAACGGGUUGGUUUGUGUUUCCUGAAGCUUUUUUUUUUUAGGAAACUCAGUUAUUUACAUUAAAACGACGUUUUUUAUUGUCAACAAAUCACAACCAAAAAACUAACAUUUAAAACUCCUGACGUUUAAAAACAGUAAAGUCUUCAUGAAGGUGUGUAGUUUUAAAGCAAAUCUUAGUUUUUUCUAAGUUUUUUUUUUUUAAUAGAUUUUUUUUAAAAAAAACAACCUAAGAUGUUUGAAACGGAAACAGGCAAAAACAAUCAAUAAAACAACAAAAAGUUCAAUUUAAUAUAAAUAAGAAUAUUGAUCAUGAAGAAUUUUUUUUUCCUUUUUCAUGGAGCAAAUAAAAAAUAAAUAAAUACAUUUUAUAGUAAAAUGUAGGGAAAAAAAAUAAACACAUCCACUUGUUUGUAAAUAUUUAAAGGCUCUAGAUUCUGAUUUGGGCAAAAUAAUUUAUUACAUUUCUCAUCAAAAUCCUUAACUUUUCUCUAAAAAUCUGACCAUCAACAAUAAUUUUCAUAUAAUCAGAUAUUUCUGUUGGAGUAAUCCCAGAGUUGGCUGAAGCUAGCAGCCAUUUUGUAGCAUUAUUGAACAUUUUAUUUAUCUGAUAUAAAAACAGCCAAAGAAAUGUCAGACAGUAAAAACCUGCUCCGAUUUUACUGUUAAACAGACAAGCUUAGAGUUUUUAAAUGUUAAUAUUUAUCUUCAAGUGAACUGAGCUGUUUGAUGCAGGACAGACAUUAGCUUCUCAUGACCCGUUAAUGGAGGCUCUAAUGUCUCUUCUGGAUGUUUUCCUGUUUCCUAACAUCGGCUGUAAACCUGCAGCAGUCGUUUGGUUUUUAUGGUAAAAUGUGCCAAAAAUCAACAGAAUCGUCUGGAAGUUUCAGUCAGAAAUAAAAGCCGCUUAAAAACCUGAUUUUAGAGAAUAUUUUAAACUUGUUUCAAGUGUGAUUUUGUGCAUUUGUUGACAGUAAAAAACAGCGUAGAACCUCUUACCUCUGUUUGUUUACCUAUAAAGGAAGAUUUUAGUUCAGAUUGUUCUGGACUCGAAUGGAAACGGCAGCCUUUCUUCAGGUCACAGUCAGCUCUGACCUUUACUUUCUUCUAUUUUAUCCAAACAUCCAUGUUUGUUUUUCCAUUCCUCUUUGUUUUUAUUCCCCUGCUACAUUCGUCCUCUUUCACCCAGAAGCUACUCUGACUUUUUGGUUUUCUUGCUGAAAUCUCCAUGAUUGUGUUUUCCUGGUUUGGGACCAUUUAACCUGAGGGAAGCGUGUCAUUUUUACCUUUCAGAGCAGCUUUUUAGAGGUGCUAAUUGAGGCGGAUUUAUUGUUGUUGGAGUCGGAGCAGCUGCUUCCACCUGCCAUCCUGCUCAGCUAAUUUACAGCUGGCUGUAAUUAGUGGAUGGAGACAAAAACCCAACUCAGACUGUCU